UUAACUCACCACUUUGGAGUUGGAGGGGCUUAAGUAUAGAAAGGGAUUAGGGUUUAUAUAUACACAGAUAAUAGAAGAAAUUUUGAUUCUGAAGCAAAGAUGGGUCGCGAAGAUGAAUCGAUUGAGCAAGCUGUGGCAUCCCGUCGGGAAAGGCUUCUAGCUCUGAGAGCUGCUCAAGAAUUGUCGGGUGCUCCCGAACCUGAACCUCAACCUGAAUCUGAACCUGAACCUGAACCUAAUGAUAAUGAAGAUCAAGAUCAACAAGAUUUGAGCAUGAAGUUCCGUAACUAUGUUCCUCAUGACAAACACCUUCAGGAAGGGAAGCUUGCCCCUGCAGUGUUGCCAAAGUUUGAAGACCCAGUUGCUGCAGCGCCUCCACCUGAGGCUGAGGCCAAAGAAGAUCCCUUUCUGAAUAUUGCUCCCAAGAAACCAAAUUGGGAUCUGCGGAGAGAUGUUCAGAAGAAGCUUGAUAAGAUUGAGAAGCGAACUCAGAAGGCUCUCUAUGAACUUAUGGAGGAACAAGAGAAGCAAAAGCUGUUGGCUGAAGGAGAUGAUACAAAUGGCACAGAAGAUUAGAUUGCAGUUUGUUGCAUCGCCUAAAAGAUUUGAAGCAGUGUGUUGAAAAUCCCUAUCCCAUUUAAGCUGCUUAACGCAUGCAAAAGUAGGUCCUAUGCUGUAUCAUUCACUUCUCUUUCAAUGACAAGUAUCACUGUAUUAAAUCUGUUUUUAGAGGUGAAAUAUUCCUGGAUUCUGAUAGGGGCACUGGAAAUUUUUUCGUAGGUAACGUUGCCAAAGUAUCCGAGGUGUAAAGUCUGAAGUUUUUUUAUUGUUUAUGUUUUUAUAUAAGUUCCCUGGCCAUGUUACUGAGACUAAAAAGCAAAUGCUUAAGCUUAAUUGAUAUAAGGGAUUAACAAUCUUUAGGGGAACACUACCCUGUCCGUACGUGAACUCGGGUAGGGUAUAGUUUGGAAAUUUUCAGCAGCAUAAGUGGGCCUUAUGAAACUACAUGUG